CCCAGCCAGCCCGGGGUGCGGAAGCCGCUCCAGCCCGACCCACGGCCCACGCCGCGGCCAAGCUGCAGGUCCCAGCCGGGGUCGCCAGGUGACCCGCCCCCAAGGGCCCAGCACUCUUUAGGUGGCGCGAGGGGACCGGGGAGCGCGGCUCGGGACCAGCAGGAGCUACCCACCUUAAAGAAGGGAGAGCCGGCGUCGCGAGCCUCGCUUCCGGGGUCGUCCCUCGGUUUCUCAGGAUUGGCUCCUGCUGGAGGGCGGGGCGUCGCCGCUACUUUCCCGGCGCCCUCCCGGCGUGCGGCAGCCAAUGAGAGCCGAGGAAGAAUGGAAGCGUGACGUCAUCACUGAGGUCUCGCGAGGGAAAGAGCGGCGGCGGCGGCGGCGGCUGCUGCUGCUUUUUUUCCUUCGCUCCCGCCCAAUUCGGGUGGGUGGCCCAGCGGGUUCCUACGCGCAGGCUCCGGGGGCUCGUAUACCGCUCCUCCUGCUCGGGGGAAAGACAGCCUGGAGGUCUGGUGGAGGAGCUCUGGAGAGCGCAGAAUUUGGAAUCGAGUGGAUUUUUCUGACAUAUUUGAUCAUACGGCCCAGGAGUACUUGGAGAGAAAACUGGUUCCAGACCAGCUGGACUGACCCUAAAAAUGAGUCCUGCAGAUACCCUUGAUGAUGAAAAUACCUUUAAAAUCUUAGUUGCAACAGAUAUUCAUCUGGGAUUUAUGGAGAAAGAUGCAGUCAGAGGAAAUGAUACGUAUGUAACACUGGAUGAGAUUUUAAGACUUGCCCAAGAAAAUGAAGUGGAUUUUAUUUUGUUAGGUGGUGAUCUUUUUCAUGAAAAUAAGCCCUCAAGAAAAACAUUACAUACCUGCCUCGAGUUAUUAAGAAAAUAUUGCAUGGGUGAUCGUCCUGUACAGUUUGAAAUUCUCAGCGAUCAGUCAGUCAACUUUGGUUUUAGUAAGUUUCCAUGGGUGAACUACCAAGAUGGCAAUCUCAACAUUUCGAUUCCAGUGUUUAGUAUUCAUGGCAAUCAUGAUGAUCCCACAGGGGCAGAUGCACUCUGCGCCCUGGAUGUUUUAAGUUGUGCUGGAUUUGUAAAUCACUUUGGACGUUCAAUGUCUGUGGAGAAGAUAGACAUCAGUCCAGUUUUACUCCAAAAAGGAAGCACAAAAAUUGCUCUAUAUGGCUUAGGGUCCAUUCCAGAUGAGAGGCUCUAUCGAAUGUUUGUCAAUAAAAAAGUAACAAUGUUGAGACCAAAAGAAGAUGAGAACUCUUGGUUUAACUUAUUUGUGAUUCAUCAGAACAGGAGUAAACAUGGAAAUACUAACUUCAUUCCAGAACAAUUUUUGGAUGACUUCAUUGAUCUUGUUAUCUGGGGCCAUGAACAUGAGUGUAAAAUAGCUCCAACCAAAAAUGAACAACAACUCUUUUAUGUAUCCCAACCUGGAAGUUCAGUGGUUACUUCUCUUUCCCCAGGAGAAGCUGUAAAGAAACACGUCGGUUUGCUGCGUAUCAAAGGAAGGAAAAUGAAUAUGCAGAAAAUCCCUCUUAACACAGUUCGGCAGUUUUUCAUGGAGGAUGUUGUUCUGGCUGACCAUCCAGAGAUUUUUAACCCAGAUAAUCCCAAAGUAACCCAGGCCAUUCAGAGCUUCUGUUUGGAGAAGAUUAAAGAAAUGCUUGAAAAUGCUGAACGAGAACGUCUGGGAAAUUCUCAACAGCCAGAGAAGCCUCUUAUACGACUGCGAGUGGACUAUAGUGGAGGUUUUGAGCCUUUCAGUGUUCUUCGCUUUAGCCAGAAAUUUGUGGAUCGGGUAGCUAAUCCAAAAGAUGUUAUCCAUUUUUUCAGGCAUAGAGAACAAAAGGAGAAGACGGGAGAAGAGAUCAACUUUGGGAAGCUCAUUACAAAACCUUCAGAAGGAACAACCCUAAGAGUAGAAGACCUUGUAAAACAGUAUUUUCAAACUGCAGAAAAGAAUGUACAGCUCUCACUUCUAACAGAAAGGGGAAUGGGUGAAGCAGUACAGGAAUUUGUGGACAAGGAAGAAAAAGAUGCCAUAGAGGAGUUAGUGAAAUACCAGUUGGAAAAAACACAACGAUUUCUUAAAGAACGUCAUAUUGAUGCCCUAGAAGAGAAAAUCGAUGAAGAGGUACGCCGUUUCAGAGAAAGCAGACAAAAAAACACUAAUGAAGAAGAUGAUGAAGUUCGAGAGGCUAUGACGAGGGCCAGAGCCCUCAGAUUUCAGUCUGAGGACUCUGCUUCUGCCUUUAGUGCUGAGGACCUUAUGAGUAUAGAUUUGGCAGAACAGAUGGCUGAUGACUCUGAUGAGGACACCUCAGCAGCAGCCAGUAGAGGAAGAGGCCGGGGCCGAGGCCGACGAGGAGGAAGAGGGCAGAAUUCAGCCUUGAGAGGAGGGUCUCAGAGAGGAAGAGUAGGCACUGGUCUGGAGACUUCUACUCGAGGCAGAAGUUCAAAGGCCACUACGUCAACAUCUAGAAACAUGUCUAUUAUAGAUGCCUUUAAAUCUACAAGACAGCAGCCGUCCCGAAAUGUUGCUACUAAGAAUUAUUCAGAGGUGAUUGAGGUGGAUGAGUCAGAUGUGGAAGAAGACAUUUUUCCUACCACUUCAAAAACAGAACAAAGGUGGUCGAGCACAUCAUCAAGCAAGCGCAUGUCCCAGAGCCAAAUAGCUAAAGGGGUCGAUUUUGAAUCAGAUGAGGAUGACGAUGAUGAUCCUUUUAUGAACAUUAAUUCUUUAAGAAGAAACAGAAGAUAAUAUAUUUAAUGGCACUUUGAAGUUUUCAAGAUUCAGGAAAAAUCAAAACAUGCAAGCUAAGAGUUUACAGUUGAAGAUUGUUUUUGCUGUUACCUAAAGAAUUUGAAAGAGACUUAUUUAACAGGGAAAUGUGUAAGAAUUUAUGUUUUUGAGUAGCAUUUGCUGUACAUGACUCUUUUAAUUGAGAACCUUCCCAGCUCAAGGACAUAACAGAACAACAUUGGUUCUCUUUAUUUUUUAUUUUAGUUGUUAACAUUACCUGGGGCGCUCUAUAAAAUCAGAGUGUUAUUUUCUUCACAGAUAUUAGUAUACAUCUUACUGAAUGAGGGCUUUGCUUCAAUACCAUUCAUCAGAGGUUUGAAAGAAAGGUUUGAAAAGAAAAUCUAUCACUCUGUGUUUCUGCUUCAUGAACAAAGACUAUGUGAAUAUUUUAUUGUAGUUACAUUUAGCUGAAAUUGAGAGAAAGAGCUUAUAAAAUGUAACCCCUUUAUAAUUUUAGUAAUUUCUAGAUUCUGGGUUUCCAGAAGGUAAAACACAUCUAUGUGAAACUGUGCCUAAGCUCGCUGUUUGUUACUAUGUAUUAUUCUUUUUCUUGUAAUAGUGUCAGCCACCUGAGAUUUUGAAUGUUAGGAGUACCUUAUGCUUUGACUAAUGAGAUGUAUUUGUAUUAAAAAAUAGAACAAUCUCAGAAUUAUUAAGUUUCAAAAGAUUGCAUUCCCAUUGGGUUCCCAUUAGUUAUUUUCUUCAUUCGUCAUGGUUCUUUGUCUUUUUCCAGAGCUCUCAUCUAUUUCUACAAGAAAAAGUAUUAAAACAACAACAACAACAACUUACUCUUAACUGUAUUUUUCUUAGAAAAUAUUGAAGAGCUUUUUUAGGUAGAGUGGUCAGUUGAGCACCAUGAUAAUAUUAGAUUAAAUUAUCGAAAUAUAACUUCUGUGGACUAUGAAUGCCAAAACUUCAUAAUAAUAAUAUUUUAUCCUAACAUCGGAUAUGGGCAGUUCCAGAAAUCUUAGUGAGGCAGCCUUGUUAAGUUUGUAUUUUCUCCUAUCCAAGUACUAACCAGGCCUGACCGUGCUGAGCUUCCACAAUCAGGCACAUUCAAGGGGUUAUGGCCAUGGGCAAGCUUAUGUUUCCUUACUCGUGUUCAAGGGGGACAUAGCAAUUUGACCUCUUCACAUUUAAGUUCAGUAAUUCCAUCUCCAUCUGAAGACUGAUACAACACCUCCUGGAGUAUUCCUUCUUUUCAUCUCUGAGGUAGCUGUAUCUAAAGACUCCUUAGGAAAGUCACGGAUCUUGGCGGUAUAACAGCCUAACAUUUCUUCAUUUGGAGAAUUAAACACUUGACUGAGCAAUAUUCAUGAUUACUGACAUGGCCACAUCUGGACUAUGUCAGAUUAUAAAAGAUGGAACAUUUGCCUAGUGGCUCUCUCCAUAUUGUAGCCCUUUGAAAUUGUCUUGAUCAAGAUCUGAGAUAUUCUCUGAGAUAAAUUGGGAUAAAACAUGUUAUAUUUUUUAAAAAUAUAUUUUCUGUACCUAACUGAAACAUAAAUACUGGUUAUCAGCAUUAAAUCAGUGAAGGUGUUGUCCUAUGAAAUAGUCUCAGGUACAUGUCCCCACCUUUGUAAUCUUCCCAGCAGAAAAGAAGCCAGGUAUGAGAGUUGCUUUCCAUGUAGAAUGAAAGCUGGUUUGGUGGUGGUAUCUGGGCAGUGUAGCACUACCCCUGCACAGGACAGUCAGUGUCUGCUAAUGGCUCUUUCUCACCUGCCACAGAGAUGUGCUUGGUUGAAGGUCGUAGUGAAGGAGGCAGUCACAAAAGCAUGCUGACAAGUUCUUAAGGAAAAAGAAUAAGACUUUUUCUCUAAAAAUUGCACCACGGUAUGAGAAUGGUAAUGUCAUGCAGUUAGCUCCUAGGAAAAAUAAUUCUAUGGCAGUUAGAGAAAAAUUCUUAGCUAACCCAAGUCAUUUUGUUAAUAGUGCCAUGUCCCUUCAAUAAGGUAAAUAAAACAUGAAAGAAAAUCCUUUCUGAUACAGUGUUGUUACAUAGUUAAAUAUGCCAUCUAGCCUUGAUGUUCUGUAUUGAUGCCAUAAAACCUAGGGUUUUCUGGGUUUUCAGACGUGUUAAUACAGGUGUGUAUAGGUGAUUCCAGAUGAUUGCAGAGCACCUGCAGUUAAGUUGUUCUUAGAGGCUGAGAGAGCAGUGAUGCAAACCUUUGGAGGGAAAAAUCCUUCCAUCAUUUACCAAAGAAAAUAACUCUUUCUGAUGUCUUGUUCCUAUCAUAAAAAUAAUAGCAGUGCAUUUACAAGGUUAAGAAUGCAUUAUAGUUUUAGGAAAUUCUAGAAGUAUGACUGGUGCUUAGAAAUUUCAACUAUUUAGGCAAAUGACUUAAUUCAAGUAUAAAGAAACAGUCCCCCCCCCCCAAACUUUUAAAAUUACAAAGUACAAAACCAGAAAACUCAUGUGGUUUAAUAAAUGAUUGUAAAGUGAAUGCUCAUGGCAUCUCUAUGCAGGUUGAGGAAUAGAAAGAAUUAUAUCACUAGUUUCCCAGAAGCCCACUGAGUUGUUCGUCCCUCUCAUCUAGCUAAUCAGUCUUUGACUUCUGUCAUCGAGAAGCUCCUAUUUUUGCCACAAGGUGGUGCUUCCACCAUUAGAUGGUGAAUAGGAAGAUGCAACAGCAAAUCUGAAAUGAAGAAGUUAGAGUUUUACAAUAAAUUUGGAACCUAUGCAAUAAUACUAAGCCUAUGCAGUAAUACCAAAAUUAGCCUUCUAAUCUUAGAUGUAAAUUGCUUUACAUAUUUCACCAGGCUUUGCCUGUUACCAAGGAGAUUGCCAGUUUGAUAAAUUUUACAACUAAUGGUUCAAGAAGUUGUUUUUGUUUAAUAAAGAGAAAAGCCCUUUAGUAGAAAAAUCAAACUUAAAAGUCUCCCGUUGUAAAAUUUGUCUUUCGAAAUGUACCAUAUUUAAAAUAACUUUGCCCCAAUGUAAUCUUGUUUUCUUUUUUUAUCAUACAUUUAAUUCAUGGUAUUCUGUGGCUUUUUAAAACUUAUAAAAGUUUUAUAGAAUAAAGGUUUGUGUCUUAAGUCCAAAGAGCUUCCAUAUUCUUGAAUAAAAAAUGUCUUCAUUUUGUCA